AACUCUGAUUUCAUGGGUGUAAUGGCUAAAGAAGAGUCCUGACUUAGCAAGAAGCUCAAGUAAAAGAAUUUUAUGGGACCAGGGACUCUUCUGAGGGAAGCAAAUGACAGACUGAAGGAGAGGGCGUCUGAAAACCAGUGAAGAAGUACAAAGAAAAAAGAUGUUACAUUCUGUGUCCACACCCUCUGUAGAAGGCGUAUAAAUUCUCACCAGAGGAAGGGGACUCAGAGCUCUGAGGCUUGGGGAAUUCACACGGUGUCUUCAGCCAGGUACCUCACUCCUUCCAGCACCAUGCCAUACAACUGCUGCCUGCCCGCCCUGAGCUGCCGCACCAGCUGCUCCUCCAGGCCCUGCGUGCCCCCCAGCUGCCAUGGCUGCACCCUGCCUGGGGCCUGCAACAUCCCUGCCAAUGUGGGCAACUGCAAUUGGUUCUGUGAGGGCUCCUUCAAUGGCAAUGAGAAGGAGACCAUGCAGUUCCUGAAUGACCGCCUGGCCUCUUACCUGGAGAAGGUGAGGCAGCUGGAGAGAGAGAAUGCAGAGCUGGAAUGUAGGAUCCAGGAGAGGAACCAGCAGCAGGAUCCCCUGGUGUGUCCUGCUUACCAGGCCUACUUCAGGACCAUUGAGGAGUUGCAGCAGAAGAUCCUGUGCAGCAAAUCCGAGAACGCCAGGUUGGUGGUGCAGAUAGAUAAUGCCAAGCUGGCUGCAGAUGACUUCAGGACUAAGUAUGAGACAGAGCUAAGUCUGAGGCAGCUGGUAGAGUCAGACAUCAAUGGCCUGCGAAGGAUCCUGGAUGAGCUGACCCUGUGCAAGUCUGACCUGGAGGCGCAGGUGGAGUCCCUGAAGGAGGAGCUGCUGUGCCUCAAGAGGAACCAUGAGGAGGAAGUCAACACCCUGCGCUGCCAGCUUGGAGACCGCCUCAACGUGGAGGUGGACGCUGCUCCCACUGUGGACCUGAACCGUGUGCUCAAUGAGACCAGGUGUCAGUACGAGGCCCUGGUGCAGGCCUGUCAGAAGGACAGGUGAGCCUACUUCAAGACCAUUGAGGAGCUGCAGCAGAAGACCUGCUCAAGUUCAAAGCAGCUGCAGUCCUGCCAGGCCGAGAUCAUCGAGCUGAGACGCACAGUCAAUGCCCUGGAGAUCGAGCUGCAGGCCCAGCACAGCCUGAGAAACUCUCUGGAGAACACCCUGACAGAGAGUGAGGCUCGCUACAGCUCCCAGCUGUCCCAGGUGCAGUGCCUCAUCACCAAUGUGGAGUCCCAGCUUGGUGAGAUCCGGGCUGACCUGGAGCGUCAGAACCAGGAGUACCAGGUGCUGCUGGACGUGAGGGCCAGGCUGGAGUGUGAGAUCAACACGUACAGGAGCCUGUUGGAGAGCGAGGACUGCAACCUCCCCUGCAACCCAUGUGCCACCACCAAUGCUAGUGGCAGUUGCUGUGGACCUUGUGGUAGCUCAAAGCGAUGCUGUUAA